AAUGAGGUUGACCCCCUGGCGUCAAUCCGUCAUCUCCCGCCCUGUAGUGGCUGUUUCACGUUUCGGGACGGGUGUCACCAAACGCCCGCCAUUGGCUCUAGUGGCCCGCCUGGCCAUCCACGCGCCCGGGACGCACGCCUACACUAACACGAGGCAAGGCGAGAUUUGGUAUACUAAUCGUGACUUUGCGAUGCGAAUGGCAAGGGUUGUCGAGAUGAGUGCCACUUUGCGGAGUUGGCCCUCCAAGCCUGUAGCCUGCUCUGGCUAUGUAUGUGGGAAUAAGAUUGUACUGGCCGGUAUGACAGUGAAUCGCGUCUUGCCAUCUUGGCCCGCAAUCUUCACACAUCAAAACCCUACCCUUUCCCGCCCCCGUUCGCAUCCUUUCUUUCUCUUUCUUCUUCACCUUGACCGGUGUUCAACUCUUCGCAAAACCAUCACUGUCAUCCUACAAGUCCUAGCGACUCAACUAUCCUUCGUUGCUUAUACUACCGAACCCGCGAUUGGAUAUCAGCGUUCAACAACAACCAUUCGAAUCAUGAAGACUCAGUCUGUUCUCGUUGCCGCUUUGGCUGCCGCCCCUUCGGCUUUGGCCCAUACCGCCUGGACCAACUUUUAUAUCGAUGGUCUCGACCAGGGUGAUGCCGUUGGUGUUCGUAUGAGGAAAGACCCGGCCAAGACCACCUUCCCUAUCAACAACUACGCCAGUGAUGAUAUGGCUUGCAAUGUCGACGGAACUACUGGUGUCUCACGUGUUCAGCCUAUCAAGGACGGAUCCACCUUGACUUUUGAGAUGCGAUCCUGGCCCGAUGACAAGUCCAAGGAAUCCCUGGCCAGACAGCACUACGGCCCUUGUGCUUUCUACCUGAAGAAGGUAUCUUCUGCUGUUGAGGACAAGGGUGCUGGCGACGGCUGGUUCAAACUCUACGAGCAAGGCUACAACAAGGAUACCGACAGAUGGUGCACCGACGACCUCAUCGACAACAAAGGCCACUUCUCCGUCAAGAUCCCCGAAAACCUCGCUGGUGGAUACUACCUCGCUCGCCCCGAAGUCUUGGCCCUCCACAACGCCACAAACGGCGAUGGCCAAUUCUACCUAGGCUGCGGUCAGAUCUUCGUCGACUCCAAGGGCGACCUCGGUCCCGAAAAAGGAUCGACUGUUUCCAUCCCCGGAUACGUAAAGGCCGGAGACCCAAGUGUCCAGUUCAACAUCUACAACAAGAAGAACGACCAGUACAAAGUCGCCGGCCCUCCUGUCGCUAAACUCGUCUCCGGAGCUUCCUCCAAGAGCGAGACCACGCAGACCGAGGGCCUCAAGCCCGAAGGCUGCAUCCUCGAGAACGGAAACUGGUGCGGAAAGGAAGUCUCCUCGUACAGCGACGAGAAGGGCUGCUGGGCAUCCGGCGAAGAAUGCUGGGCCCAGGACAAGAAGUGCUGGGCGGAAGCCGGACCCACGGGCGGCAAGCUGUGCAAGAUCUGGUCGGCAAAGUGCACCGCUAUGAACGAUGCAUGCACAGCUAAGCAGUUCACUGGCCCGCCUAACAAGGGCAAAGACCUCACCCCCGAGAAGGCCAAGAUCGAUGUCGGACCCGUCAUGGGCAGCAAGCUGGAAGUCGUUCAAGGCGAUGCCGCUGCUGCUCCGUCAUCGUCGUCCAACGACAACAGCAAGGCUGAAGAAACCUCUGUUGCUGCCGAGGUGGAGCCCGCCCCGUCGUCGUCGGCGGCGGCACAGCCUGCUCCUUCCUCUCAAGCCGCCCCCUCUUCUUCCCAGGCUGCUCCCACUCAGGUCGAACAGUCGAUGCCCUCGGCCACCGGCAACAGGGACAACGGCAGACCCUACACCAAGACCAGGUCCAAGUCGCGACCUUCGGCUUCCGUGACAAAGGCCCCCGGCCCCGUCGUCACCGAAACCGCAGUCGUCUACCAGACCGUCUACGAGAGGAGGAGAGGCGUGCACCACCGCCGCAUGAGGGGAUUGUAAACACACACUCUGAACACGAAUGGUAAAGGUCUGUGGCCUACCAUUCCCUUGUCGUCUGUGUGUUGGCGUGUUUGUUCGCACAGUUGCUGUUGCCGU